UGACAAAUGAAGCCCGAAACCGCCUGGGAGAGUCUCUCUCCUGGGAACUUCCGUCCCAGUUCUCUUCGUCCGUACAUGCUUUAGCAGGGCUGAGUUUCGAUCAAUUCAAUGGAGGUUUGAUACUCGGACUUCGGAUUUGUGCUGCUUCUUGGUUUCCAACUUUGGAAGACCAUGAAUCGGGCCCAUAAACGAAGAAUCGGAAUGUUUUGUCGCGACUGUUACUGCUCAACACUGUAUUGAUUUCUGUAUGUGAGGUCGAUUUUAGUUUUGGAAUCGCUGGAUUUCCGCUCGUUUUUCGAUUUUAACCUUGAAUCUGGUAACGAUUUGGGGGUUUAGUGGCUGGAUGAUUUUACUGACUGGUGUUUUUGAGUGCGAACGAGAACCUGGGAACGAGGGUUGAUUUACCUUCAACUGUCUUUUUAUCCGUACUUGGGAUGGCGAGAACGAAACAGAGCACUGGUGCGACUCCUUCUGCGAGAACCACCAGGUCGUCCUUUGCUGUGUUGGAGUCCAUGGAGGAAGAUUUUCCUGCUUUGUCCCCCACACCUGCUGGAAGGCUUGGAACGACUAAACCAGCGAGGAAGACUGAUACACCUGCUGGAAUCCCCUCUUUUGCUGCUGUUGAUACCGACCCGUGGUCUGGGAUUUGCAGAGCUGGCCACUCUGCCUCAACUAAUGAUGCAGGAGCUCCGUCUUCUAUUUCAGCUGCUAAACCUGCUGCUGUUGACUUUACUGCUGCUGCACCUGCGAUUGGUAAGGAUGAGGACUUAACUAAGGUCCCAAAACCUACUGCUGCAAUUCAAAAGGGAGGGACAGUUGUGAAAGGAUUAGCUGCUGAGAAACAAACACCUGUCUCAAACGCCAAGGCUGGGCAGUCUGUCCCAAAUAUUGGGGCUGUAACAGAAACUCCCAAACCUGCUGGAACCCCACAAUGGGCAGACUUAUUCACAGAUAAUCGUGCUCCGUCUAAAGGUAUUAAACUGAAAUAUCUACCUUCCGUUGAUGAAGUUGUUGAUCUUUCAAAUUGUGUGUUACCUUCUAUGGUCUCGUUGUGGGGAUUCUGCCUUGUUGGUUGCUUUACAGUUCGAUUCCCGGGACUUGAAGCAAUAUAUGAGCUUUUGAACAGUUGGGGCGUACAUUGUACGUUGAAAUCCCAUAACAAGGGAUGGGUGAUUUUUAAGUUUAAAAAUGAGCAGGAUAGAACUAAGGUUUUUACUGAAGGACCUUAUAACAUCUUUGGUAGAUUACUAAUAUUGAAAAUGCUUUCUGAGGACUUCACUUUUGAUGAUGAGGCAUUCCUUAAGGUGCCUAUUUGGGUUAAACUUCCCAAUUUACCUUUGAAUUUGUGGAAUGAAGAGGCAAUGAGCAAGAUCGCUUCAAAGGUGGGUGUUCCUAUCACUACGGACAAGGUCACCCAAGAGAUGUCUAACUACAAUUUUGCAAGAGUUUUAAUUGAAGUGGACUUAACCUUGGCCCCGUGCCUUUCUGUUCCUAUCCGGUUACCAUCAGGGAAGACUUUUAAUCAAGCGGUUAUUUACGAAACAUUCCCUAAUUUCUGCUUUCAUUGCAAAUCCUAUGGGCAUCACCCCUUUAUUUGCAAUGAAUUGGGUUGGAAAAAGGUUGGAAAAGUGCUGACAUCGGGUGAGGUGAAGAAGGGGGUGAAAGAAAGUGUGGCUGCCCAAACCAAACAAGGACUGGUUCUCGCCCAGGGGGUUGCUUUAGAUGCGCCAGGGUUGGCUCUCGCCCAGGGGGCAGCCUCUUCCGUCCAUGGGCAGGUUACUGCCAGCCUGCCUGGCCUAACUAUUAAGGGCAUUGAUACGGAGAUUCUGGUGGAAAGUGUGGAAGUAGCUGUACCCGUUGCCCUGACUUUGCAACCUGCUGCUACGCCUGAUGCAACUUACCCGACCGGGCAUUGCCCUGGCCCGACCGGGUCUUCUGGACAGCCAACGUCCCAGGGGACCGCCAAAGCGGAUUUGGUUGGUGAUUAUAACGUUUUAGAGAUUAUGCCUACUGCCCAGGGGUCUUCUGAUGAUGAGUGCUCCGAUUCUGACUCGGAAGAUAUUGAGAGGUUAGUAAUGGAUGAAAAAGAUUUGAGGAUUGAUGAUGUGGUCGUCAAAGUUGUGAUCACCAAAGGUAAGGCAUUCAAGUUUCAUGUCAAACCGUUUAAGUUUGUGCACAUGAGUGUGGUUAGAGUUGAUACUUCGCUUCGGCUUACGGAUGAUUUGGAUGGGAAAAGCCUUACUUUCGUGACCAAAUGCCUUGAGGCGAUACCGGGAGUUACAAAGAAGAAAGGGGAAAUAUGUUUUGACUCUAGGUUCACUUCUCCGUUCCGAGCUUUCUUUGGAGCUUAAAUUAGGGAUACCUAAUUUUAUUUUAUGAUAGCUUGCUUGUAGCUUUGAAUCUCUUGAGUUUUUGGGCUCUCGUUUGUUGAAUUUAGGAGGACUUUUCUUGCUUGAUUUUGUGGUAUCCCAUAUACUAGGAUAUGCACUUUUAUUGUAACAUUAACUUGUUAUUUUUCUUGGGUGUUAAUAUAUACUUACAUUUCAUCCAAAAA